CUUCAAAAGAUAAUAAUAAAAAGAACUAAGAAGUGUAUCUUUCAUUGGGUAUGAAGCUUAAAUAUGGUUAAAAUUAAGUUGUUGAUGGGUACAACUAUAUAUAUCCUCUAUUGGUACCAAAUUUUUUUUCAGAAAGCCUCAGUUUGACUAUAAUUUAAGAAUUUUUGAUAAAUUUAAGAAAAUAACUUAAAGUAAAUACUUAUACAACUGUUAAAUUUCUACCAAAUGAAAAUAAUAAAAUUUGAUUUGGAGUUAAUUAUGUUGCUAAUAUUUUCCAUAUUAACACAUUGUAGUUAACAUUUUUUUAAAAGAACUCCAUGAGGCUUUGAUUCGUUUUCACAGACAAAUUCAGCUUUCAAUUGUUCCAAAGUUUCUCAGUUCAAUCUAAAAUGGUAAGCAUUUUCUUCCUUCUUGUUAGAAGCAAACUUAAAAGACAGACAGUUCUCUAUUUUUAGCAAAAAAAAAAAGACACAAUGUUCUACGUAUAUUUAUAAAUGGAAAAUGCUUAUUUCUCAAUUUUCAAAACAUAUUUGGAAACAAACAAAUAUUAUGCUUGAUGAUUACUUCCCUCCCAAUUCACUUCUUUAUUCUUUUUGUUUUUAUUUUCAUCAUAAGCCUAUGAUCUUAGUUGGAAGAAUAUCGGCUAAGUAUUAUGUACACUCCAUGUGUAUUAUACCUUGUACUGUGUAUCCUUUUUGACCUGAUAUGGUCAUACGUUAUACAGUAGGCUACCCAUUAUAUAUGCAUAAAAGAGACAUUAUUGUUAUUUUCAAUUUAAUUUAAGUAUCUUAUGCAAGAAAAAAUCAAAGGCUAUAGAAUUAAAGUUCUGUUGGAGCAUAUUUAGCUCUUCUUUGUUCAUGCAAAAGACAAAUUAAACAGCCUUCUCUUUCUCUUUUGUUGUUUUUCCUCCUUUAGUAAUAUAUAUUUGGUGAGAAGAAAAUGGCAAAAAAUUAAAGAAAAUGAUUGGUUAUUGUAUGCUAAACCCAUCUCCACAAGAAUUGGCCAAGCUGUUUUGUAACAAUAACAAGAAAAUAAAUUUAAGUGCAGAAUUUCUACAAACCCAGGCUUUAACUUCCUCAUCAUUUUUCCCCUUAAAACAAAAAUUCCAUUGUGGAAUCAAACAGCUUGAAAUUCAAGAGUUUAACAUUUGAACAAAAGAAAGAAAAAAGCCAUCGACUUUACCAAUAUAUAUAUAUACCACAAGAUCAAACAGAUUUUUUCCCAUUAUAAUUGAAAGAAAACUGUGCCUUCUAUUUUCUUUCAGAUCUUUCAUUGUUUUUUUCUUUGGGUUUUUAUUGUAUGAAAUUAAAUAGUUUCAGACAAUAAACCCCAAUUGUUUAAUAUAUAGGGAAAAGAUGAUCUCUUGGCUUGAUGUCUACCAUGUUUUUUCAGCAACGGUUCCUCUCUAUGUUGCAAUGAUCCUAGGUUACCUCUCUGCAAAACAUCUAAAUAUCUUCUCUCUCGAACAAUGCGCAGGCAUCAACAAAUUCGUCGCUAAAUUCUCGGUCCCUUUGCUUUCUUUCCAAGUAAUCUCCCAAAACAACCCUUUUAAAAUGAGCCCUAGACUCAUUCUCUCAGACAUUCUCCAGAAAAUCUUCGCCUUUGUUGUAUUAGCCGUGGUUUUAAGAUUCUGGCAUCCAACAGGAGGAAGAGGAGGAAAGUUGGGUUGGAUCAUAACCGGAUUAUCUGUAUCCGUGUUGCCAAACACUCUCAUUCUUGGAAUCCCAAUCUUAAGUGCCAUCGAUGGAGAUGCAGCUGUGAACAUCUUGGUGCAGAUUGUUGUCUUGCAGAGCUUGAUUUGGUACAACAUCUUGCUCUUCUUAUUCGAGAUUAAUGCCGCGAGGAAGAUAACAUCUUCUGGAGCUUCCAUAGAACACAGAGGCAAUGACAAUGAAGAAGCUGAUAUAGAGCAAGAGCCAAAAGAAGAAGUAGCAAUAGUGAGAACAAGAUCUCCUGGAACUGGGAAGAUUCUAUUGAAGGCUUGGCAAAAGCUUAUAAUCAAUCCUAAUACAUACGCAGCGUUGUUUGGAUUAGUUUGGGCUACUUUACAUUUCAGAUUGGGAUGGAAAUUGCCUGAGAUGAUCGGUAAAUCAGUACAUAUGAUAUCUGAUGGAGGCUUAGGAAUGGCCAUGUUCAGCUUAGGUCUUUUCAUGGCAUCACAAAGUAGUAUCAUAGCAUGUGGAACAAAAAUGGCGAUCAUAACAAUGGUCCUCAAGUUUGUAAUAGGACCAGCUCUUAUGGUUGCUUCUGCAUUUAGCAUCAGGUUACGAAGUACUCUUUUCAGAGUCACAGUUUUACAGGCUGCAUUGCCACAAGGGAUUGUGCCAUUUGUUUUCGCAAAAGAGUAUAAUGUUAAUCCGGAAAUCGCUAGUACGGGGGUGAUAUUUGGAAUGAUAAUUUCCUUACCAAUAACUUUGGCAUAUUAUUUUGUAUUGGACCUAUGAAUACGACAUGUAUAUGUCAUUAAUAUUUAAAGUUUUAUUAUUGCUUUUUUUUUGUUUGUUUUGUUUUAAGAGCUUGUAUUUUGUAGGGUUUAUAUCACAUUCUAGGCAUGGGAUUUUAAGAUACUGAUUGAUAAAGCUAAUGUCCAAUCAUUCUCUAUGUAUUUUCAAUCAGUUUCUGAUGAUAUUAAAUCUUAAUUUGCCAAAUAUAAUUUCCGUAAGCUAAUAGAGAAGUAAAUGAUGUAAAUCAAUAAGAACAUCAUUUAAAGUAACACUAAAAGCAUCUAAACAAAAUUCAAUAACAAAUCAGAUGGUGAUGCAAUGAAAGAUUACUAAAAUCUAAAUAUAUAGAACGAGUAAAAAAAAUGAUUUAAACAAAGAGAACUUUGGGGAAGAAGUAAAAAAUAUAUAAGAGAAGCCGGCCUGUGUGCCACGCAAUGAAAAUGGAAAAGGCCAAAAUAAAAAUAAAAUAAAGAAUGGACGAGGAGAUAAA